GGGACCAGGGGGGGACGUGGCCUCCGGGAGCCCCAGUCCCGCCGUGGGAGCAGCGCCGGCGAGGAGGAGCGGCCCGGCGGUGAGGGGAGCGUCACCCAUCUCCCGAGGAGCAGAGGCAAGGGGCCUGCUCAUAAGAAGACAGUGGCCAUGGCUGCGGUGGGGCUUCCCUCCAAGGGAGGCAGGAGAAUUGUCCCUGUGACACGGGCACCAGAGCUGCUGGCUUAGUCCUCGGGUGGCAUGGCGAGCCGGGUGGGGCCGAACACCACAGACGGCCUCGAAGCACCCCCCGUCCCAGAGCAGUCCGCUGCGCAGGAGGUUGUCGGCCUCCUCUGCAUGGUGCUGCUCACCAUCACCGCCUUGGUGGCCAACAUAGUGGUGAUGGUCGUCAUCCUGAAAACCCCCCUUCUCAGGAAGUUCAUCUUCGUCUGCCAUCUCUGCGCGGUUGACCUCCUCUCUGCCAUUUUCCUCAUGCCCCUGGGGAUCAUCUCCAGCUCCUCCUGCUUCGACAGGGUCAUUUAUAGCAUUGCCGAGUGCCAGGCCUUGAUAUUCCUGAAUGUCUGCUUCAUCAGCGCCUCCAUCCUCACCAUCUCCAUCAUCAGUGUGGAGCGGUACUACUACAUCGUCCACCCCAUGCGGUACGAGGUCAAGAUGACCAUCAGGCUGGCGGUGGCCGGAGUCGUCUUCAUUUGGGUCAAGUCCGUUCUCAUCACUGUCUUAGCGUUGGUGGGCUGGCCUCAAGACAACGGGGCCACCAGUGCAAGCCGGUGCACAGUCUACUGGAGCCCCGGGGCCCACAAGAAGGCGUUUGUGAUCAUCUUCAGCAUCGUCUGCUUCGUCUUGCCCACCAUCAUCAUCUUUGCUGUCUACUGCAGCGUGUACCGAGUGGCUCGGCUGGCGUCCCUGCAGCACGCGCCCAUGCCGGCACAGGCGGCUGUCCCGGGGCACCGCUCCGGCUCUGCUGCCAGCCAAGUGACCAUCGUCACCGCCAGGAACCUGCCGCUGCCCAGGCUGAUGCCCGAGCGCUUUUUGGGAGGCCACAAGGCCAUCCUCACCUUGGUCCUCAUCGUGGGACAGUUCUUGUGCUGCUGGCUGCCCUUCUUCGCUUUCCACCUGCACUCCUCCGUCACCGCUGGCGCGGUGGGCGGUGGGCACGGGGAGAUGACGGUCACCUGGAUCGCCUACUCCUCCUUCGCCAUCAACCCCUUCUUCUACGGGCUGCUGAACCGCCAGAUCCGGGAGGAGCUGGCCCGGCUCUGGCGCAGCUGCCUCAACCGGCCCCUGGGCCAGGAGCUGUGUUUGUCCGUCUCGGAGGCCUCCGUCCAGGAAAACUUCCUGCAGUUCCUCCAGCGAGCAACGUGCACGCUGGAAACCCGCUCCAGCUGCAUCGGCCCCAGCCCCAGGAACAGGCUGGACCAGAGCAAGGUGGGCUUCCCCAUCCCAGGGCAAGUUCCUGAGGAGAGCGGCUGAGGAGCAGGGAGCCCUGUCCCACCACGCCGGGCAGGGCCUGAUCAGCCCUCUGGGACCCAGCCCCUUGGACCUGGGGGGGUCUUUGUCCAGGUUUUGCCUCCCCUCUGAGCUUGCGUGGUGGAGGAAAGUUUCCACACCAGAUUUCGUGAGCCUUCAUCUCCCUUCUGCACGCUGGGAGCCGCCAGCACGGCCCAGCUGCGUGGAUGUGGGACACGGGAAGCUGAGGGGCUCCCACACGGACCCCCCAUUGUCCUGUGGGACCCCUGCCAGGGCGCUCGCAGCAGGGAAGGAGCGGGCCCCCCUGCACCCUUCCCCGGCCCAGCUAACACCACUAACACCAGUAACACCAGCGCUCUGGGCGGCAGCUUGGGGACCCUCCCUUGGGGCGGGGAAUCAGGCCCCCAGCACCUCCUCUCUUGAAAGAAAGGAGUCAGGGACACUGAGGGGACGCUGGGGGGACACAUUGCCAUCCAGAAGGGGAGACCCCCCUGCCCCCGUACUAACUGGGGGAAAGCUGUCCAUGGCAGGGAGGGGGCUCUGGGAAGACUUUCAGAGAGCUUGAGACCAAGGGCCAGCACCCCUGGCCACAGGGCCACCACUACCCCUCUGGUGUCACCCCCAGAACUGGGGGUGUCUCCCCCCGGGGGAUGGAAUUUUUUU